GCGGCCCGGCCCGCGCCGCCCUCACCGCCUGCCCCGCGCCCGCAGGUGUCGCGCAUCCUGAGGAAGGCGGCGGCCGAGCGCAGUGCGGAGGAGGGCCGGCUCCUGGCCGAGAGCGAGGACCUGGUGACCGAGUUGCAGGGCCGGAGCAGGCGGCGCGAAGGCCUGAAGCGGCGGCAGGAGGAGGUGUGUGACGACCCGGAGGAGCUGCGGAGGAAAGUCCGGGAGCUGGCCGGCGCCGUCCGGAACGCCAAGUACCUGGUGGUCUACACCGGGGCUGGGAUCAGCACGGCAGCCUCUAUCCCAGAUUACCGGGGCCCUAAUGGAGUAUGGACACUGCUUCAGAAAGGGAGAAGUAUUAGUGCUGCUGACCUGAGUGAGGCAGAGCCAACCCUCACCCACAUGAGCAUCGCCCGCUUACACGAGCAAAAGCUGGUGCAGCAUGUGGUGUCUCAGAACUGCGACGGGCUCCAUCUGCGGAGCGGGCUGCCCCGCACGGCCAUCUCGGAGCUGCAUGGGAACAUGUACAUUGAAGUCUGUACAGCCUGCACUCCCAAUAGGGAGUACGUGAGAGUGUUUGACGUGACCGAGCGCACCGCCCUGCACCGGCACCAGACAGGCCGGGCCUGCCACAAGUGUGGCGCCCAGCUCCGGGACACCAUUGUGCACUUUGGGGAGAGGGGGACACUGGGGCAGCCUCUGAACUGGGAGGCAGCCACUGAGGCUGCCAGCAAAGCAGACACAAUCCUGUGUUUAGGUUCCAGCUUAAAGGUUCUAAAGAAGUAUCCUCGCCUGUGGUGCAUGACCAAGCCCCCCAGCCGGCGGCCCAAGCUCUACAUUGUGAAUUUGCAGUGGACCCCGAAGGAUGACUGGGCUGCCCUGAAGCUUCACGGGAAGUGUGACGACGUCAUGCAGCUCCUCAUGGAUGAGCUGGGCCUGGAGAUCCCCCCCUAUAGCAGGGAGAGGGAAUGUGCCAGUGUGCGCCUGGAGAGCCCCCCCUUCUGCCUCAGACAGCCUGGACGGGAAGGUGCCUUGAAGGGACGUGGUCUCGGCAAUUCCAGUGAAACAGAAUCUUGGUGCACUUGGUUUGGGGAGCUGGCAUACUUUGGGGAAGCUUAAACUGUACCUUAAUACAGAAUUUGUGAUAAUUUAGACAUGGUGUAUGUAUUGAGUAAAAAGUUUACACUUUCUUUCUCUGUGAAUUUUCAGGGUCUUAUAGGGGAAAUCAAUAACUUCUUUUAAUCAAAGGGUUCAAGAAUUAAGGAUCCCUUCACCUUCUGGGCCUGGCAAUUCUUGUAUGUUAUGUUUGUGGUGUUCUGUAAUGUGGGCCUAUUGUGUACUGUAUUUUUUUUACAUUAACUUAGCUCAUUUUAUCAGUGCUUAUAUCAGCUCAUUAACUUAGCUCAUUAUCUUAAGUUUAUAAUGUGUGGUUCUGCAUCUCCGUCAGACACGUGAUCUCUUCAUGGUGUAGUCCANCAUAGGCCACACCUCCCUAGUCAGCUGCCCCCCC